GUCGGGGUCCCCCAGACACCCCCGAGCCCCCGUGGGGGGGGGGUGGAGCCUCCCUGGGGCCCGCCCGCCCCUCGGAAGAGCCGGUGGCGUUUCGAACCCGGGCGCCCCCCGCGGCCACCUGCCCGUGUCGGGGUCCCGCCUCGGGGUCCCCCUUUCGGCCGGGGCGGAGAUCAGAGGGAGGCCGGGGGCGCAUCGGGCGGGGCCCUGGGAAAACCGCCCCCCCUUGGCCCCCGGGCACGGUGCCAGCCAGGGAAGGAACCGGGAGGGGCCCAGCUGCCCCGGCUUAAAUUGUGGGGACCCCCCUUGUAUUUCUCCAGCGUCCGUCUCGCCUUUGCCCCCGGCCCCCACCCAGGAAGGGGCCCCCCCCCCAAGGCAGCCAGAGCCCCCACAGGUGGGCUACAGAUGUGCUAGGAGCCCCUAGUGUUUAACCAGGGCUGGUCUCCAUUUGUUGGGGGGGCACCUCCUAAGCUGGGGCAGCCCCCCAAUCCGUCUCCAGGCCCCCCCCCACAUUCCCCCAGGAACAUGGGUCUCUUUAGGACCAAGGGGAACUCCAGACUCGGCAACUCCCCUGGGGUUAGUUCCUUGUUCUAGCUGUUCUGUUCCCCUGCCUAGUAAGGUGCCCUGGGCGGGGAGAAGAAGGGGGCCCGGAGGGGCUGUACCCAGAAUAUCCACUGGUGCACCCCCUCCCCGGCGGACACACCAGCAGCGACAGGUGUCGGGGGCUCAUAGCUGGGUUGGGGGGACAAUUGAGGUCAGAUAGCUGGACCUUAAAAGUGACCCCUGCUCUGCCCCAGAGAGAGAAGGGGAAGGGAAAACUGGGGACCCCCCCCACCCCAAAGAGGGGCAGCAGAUUUCCAGGACAAAGGUGGAUCCGGGAUCCGGCUGAGCACAGACAGAGGAGCGCAGGAGAAGGCAGGUGCCCGUCCACAUGAAGUUGCACGAAACCAGCGUCCUGGGCUACUCCCGCGUGGCGGCGCCCCCCGACCGGCAGGGGCGGCUGUACAAGAAGAGCGAACGCAGCAGCAGCUACCAGCGGCGCUGGUGCGAGUUACGGGGGAACCUGCUCUUUUACUGGGAGCGGCAGGGGGACCGCGAGCCGCUGGGGCUAAUCCUCCUGGAGGGCUGCACCGUGGAGCUGCAGGAAUCCGCCACGGAGCCUUUCACCUUCGAGAUCUCCUAUUCCCACGGGCCGCCGGGCUACCGGGCUUACAAGAUGGCUGCUGAAGACCAGGCCUCCAUGGAGGGCUGGGUGCGGGCUCUGAGCACGGCCAGCUUCAACUACCUGCGGGCCCUGUUGACAGAUCUGGAGGGACAGUACCGGGCCAACGGGGCCCUCGGGGCGACACCCCUGGAAGAGAGGGCUGCGCAGCGCAGCCCAUUGGUGGCAGAAGUGGGAUUGCCAGACUUUGAGGGGCUUCACCGCCAGUUCGGGGAGGAGAUUAUGAAACUGAAGGCGAGGUGGAGGGAGGGGAGAGCAGGAGGGGACCAGACAGUGCAGGGGGACCUGAUUGAUUUGGAGUAGGAGCAGGGAAAGGAGGCAAGCCGGGGGGGGGGGGGGAGUGGGGAACCCAGGGGCAGGCAAACAGGGGGCUGCAGGUCAGGAUUAAGGGGCACCAGCCUUGGUGGUUUGGGAUGACUGGGAAAUGGGGACAAAAUAUUUGUCAAACAUUUACACUGUGAAGAUGCCUUUACAAUAAAAAAAUUGUUCGAUCCAGGCCCUGGUACCAGCCUUGUGACUUCACCCUUUGGUCACAUCCAGACAGCAGCAGGGGGCGCUGUGGGGAGCAGGAGCACUGACUGCCAGGGGAGAGCUCCCCCUGCAGAGCCCCCGCCCCACCCUGCUCCAAGCGACAGCGCCCCCUAGCGCGGCACCGAGGCAUUGGGGUCAGCUCUUAGGUCUGAGAACGUCCCAGGUCGUUUCGGCCAAUCCCCACCUGCGCCGAAGGAAGAUCUCGUGUCACGGAGACCAGCAGAGAAGGAGACGCUCCUCCAAGGCCGACGUAGCCCGUACCCGCCUGGGGCAGGAUCGUCCCCAUCUGUCCCUCCAGACUCUAGCUCUGACCUCCUUCAGCAACGGUGCCGGAACCGUUUCUGUUCCAAGCCCCUGCCCUUGGGGAGAGGACCCAGUCCCCCACCGUCCUCCCCGAACCUACGCAAGCACAGAGCUUCGUGGCGUUGGCCUCCCACAAUUCACAGCCCAGCCCCUUGUGGCCACUGCUCGUCCACCCAGGCAAGAUCUCUAACCUGAUAGACCUUGCUCCCCACCCACAGAACCCAGGAGUCCUGGUUC